AUGCUCAGCUUUGUCACUUCUUGUGUCAUCAAGAGAGCAUAUUUCUUCCAUCCUUCUGCACUUGUUUAUCUAGGCAUUGAGUACAAGAUCUGGGCCAUCUUCAAAAGAGGUUUUACAAGGCUUUGCAAAGUCCUGCUGAUGAAGAUUAAAAAGUCUCACUGUGUCUGGAUGGGGAUGGAUACUUAUGUCACCUAUGUCUAUGUCAAGUCCAACCUGGAUGAGUAUAUCCACAUGGUUGCUGCAGAAUUUCCCCCCAUUGUGCAUUCUGACAGCUGUCAGGAUCACAAAGGAUGUGCAGAGGAUUGGGCUGUGGUGUGGUGGAACAGUAUGGGGCAACUCCUCCUUGAUGGAAGCAACCCAUGGUGUUUGAAUGAGGCUAUCAAUCGCUUCAAAGGAUUGCAAUUUGGCUGGGUUGGUAUGGAUUGUAAGAGGCAUAUGUUUUCAAAUAUAAUGAACCUGAACAAACCACUUGCACAUUCUCAUCAAUUCAUUACUUGUGGUAAAGAUCACCUUGUCCACAAAAUCAUACCUAUGUAG